AUGUCGCAAUCUCAUAGCCUUCCUCCGAAACCAUUGCCUUUGAAGGUUGAUUCCAAGAAUGGAGGAAACAGGCCGAAUUACAUCAUUUUCAUGCCUGAUCAGUUGAGAUAUGACUCUCUCGGCUGUACAACUGGUCCCGAUUCUGAGAUCAAGACGCCAAAUAUCGAUGCAUUCGCUGCAAGAGGGAGUCUCUUCACCAAUUGCUUUACCCAAGCUUCUGUGUGUUCGCAGUCGAGAUGUAGUAUGUUUACCGGAACAUACCCUCAUGUCAGCGGUCAUCGAAGUCUUGAGAACCUCAUCAAGCCAUGGGAACCGAACAUCUUUCGGAGUCUGAAGGAGUCGGGCUAUCACGUUGCGUGCCUAGCACCACGAGGCGACACUUUUGCACCGACAGUCACGGAGCUGAGUCUCAGUGAAUACGGGUUCCUUGAAACACCAGCGUUUACGCCAAAAUUUGCUGGUGGUGGACGAGAAGUUGAUGAGAGCAUCUGGGGACGAUUGUUUUAUCGUGGAUUGAGAGACGCGGACAAAGCUUUGGAUUAUGACGAAGCUGUUAUGAGAUCUGCUUUGACGUGGCUGGACUGUCCUCCUACGGAUAAGCCGUGGGUUCUGUUUAUGCCUCUUAUCUUUCCGCACUGUCCGUUCCAAGUUGAGGAGCCGUACUUCUCCAUGUAUGAUCGCUCUAAGGUCUCCAGUGUUGAGGCUACGGUCGACAAGAAGACAGGCUAUGAACCGCGGUAUAUGAAGUCGAUUCGAGAGAAGUAUGGUACUCAUCGUGCAACGGACGAAAUUUGGAGGGAGAUCAAAGCGACCUACUAUGGGAUGAUCACACGACUAGAUGAUCAGUUUGGAAGAGUUCUCAAGAAAGUCGAUGACCUUAGUAUUUGGAAGGACACUGUUACGAUGUUUUUCACCGACCAUGGAGAAUAUCUCGGAGAUCAUGGACUCAUUGAGAAGUGGCCUUCAGGUCUCUCUGAGACUCUGGUACACGGGCCUCUCAUAAUUGGCGGUGCAGGACUCCCAGAGGGAAAGAAAAUCGAUGCCAUGACUGAAAUGGUGGACUUGGUACCGACGAUGCUGGAGACGUCUGGGAUCGGAGAGUCAUUCGCUCAUAACGGACUAUCAUGGAUCCCUCUUCUCUGCGGCGAUGCCACAACACACAAGCAGUACUCUUUCUCCGAAGGUGGUUUCCUCACCUCUGAAGAGCCCAUUCUCGAACAGGCGCCCUACCCCUACGAUCUUAAAGCCGGACUUCAGCACGAAGAUACCACGUUGGUUGGAAAAGCUAUUUCACUACGAGACAAAGACUGGACUUAUGUAUACCGUCUAUACGAACAACCGGAGCUGUAUCAUCGACACAACGACCCCCAUGAGCUCCAUAACCUAGCCCAAGAUCCGGAUCAUAAGGGUUUGGCGGAUAAGUAUGAGAAGGCUACGCUGAAGUGGUUGUUGGAAGGGGCUGAUGUUAUGCCUUGGACGAAGGACCCGAGAUUUCCGGAGGUGAAGUUGAAGGGUCCGAGGGAGCAGAUGGAGGAGAGGUUGAAGCAGGUCAAGAGUGACUGA